AUGUUGUUCUUCAUGGUUCUGUCGAAUCUCAUGUGUCUUCUGCUACCAGCUCUCACCUCCGCCCACGUCACCACUUCAGAGGAUCCGGUCAACCUCGCAGCUCACCAUGUGAAACGCUUGUCGACUCCUUUGAAGAACUUGCUUCACAAGAAAGACGCUAUUCUUUUUGCCAGCACCCCGACUGCUUCUAACAUACUUGCCCUGAACAGCACAAAUGGGGAGGUCGCGGAGACAAUACCAUUCGAGGAAGAAAUCGAUAUCCCUGGGCUAGGAGACCUCGUCUACUUCCUCGUCAAAGGCGAAAUCGACGACGAUUACUCGGUCACAGUGGAGUUCUGGGUCCACUACCUUGUCGACAAAAGAAUCGGUGUCUUCCACGGCGAUCUGAUCAAGGGCAUCGAUAUGAAGAUCCCAAACAGUAUACAAAUAAUCAACGGAGAAGCCCGGCUAUACGUGGUGCAGAGUGGAGUCUACGAUGUCCUGAUCUUCGAAGCCUACGGCAGCAUCCACAUACCUGGUGGACCGAAUAAGGUCUUCCCCGUUUUCAAGAAGGAGAUUAAGCGGUGGGAGGUCGGAAACUUGAAAAGCAUUCAGGACGUGCCAAACAAUUCGGGAGUACAGACGCCGUCGAUUGAUGCAGGGGCAGAUACAUCAUUUUCGGUCGAGUAG